GGGGAGGGAGGAGGAAGGUGAGUCCCACGCGGAAGUCAGGUAGGAGCCGCCUGGCUACACCGGCUCCGGUGCUGAGCCACCUCCAUUGGUGGAUUUGACCGCGAGGGCUGCCAGCAUGCAGCCCCAGGGUGAAGAGAGAUUCCAGAUCCUGGUGGGGACGGCAGGGGACAGCUACCCGCUGAUGGACAUGGUCACUCCUGAGCCUGAUCGCCCCGACCAGACCCUGACGGACUACGUCCUGGUGGCCGAUUAUCGCACCCAGAGGGACCCCAGGCAGGUCCACCGGCAGCGGCAGUUCCUGAAGGAGUUGCAGGCCAAGGGCUUCCAGUACAAGGUGAAGGAGGACCAGGAGAAGGUGUUCUUCGGGAUCAGAGCGGACAGCAGGAUCUUCAGCCUGUACCGCACGCUCCUCAUGGAGCCCGAGGGUCCGGCCCCCAGAGUGGACUCAGCCAGGCCGAUCACCGUCCCGGACACCACCAGAAUCCGGAUCGUCAACUUCAUCCUCAACUGCAGGACGGCAGCUGGCGACACAUUCGAGGAUUUGGUGAAGGAUGGGGUCUUUGAGACCCGGUUCCCCCUGCACAAGGUGAGGGGCUGCCUGGGAGCCAGGCCUGAGGGCGGGGCCGGAGGCGGGGCUCUCACCCAGUCACCUGAGCAGGGGAAGGAGAACCUGAAGAGGACAUGGGCCCGUUGGAGAAACAUGUUCCGUAAGCAGCCCAUCGACGAUAUCAGGAACUACUUUGGUGAGAAGGUGGCCCUGUACUUCGCCUGGCUCGGCUGGUACACCUGCAUGCUGGUCCCCGCCGCACUGGUCGGCCUCAUCGUCUUCCUGAGCGGCUUCUCGCUGUUCAAUGCCAGCCAGAUCAGCAAGGAGAUCUGUGAGGCCCACGACAUCUACAUGUGCCCCCGCGGCGACCACCGGCGCCGGUACCAGCGCCUCUCGGACACGUGCACCUUUGCCAAGCUCACCCACCUCUUCGACAAUGAGGGCACGGUGAUCUUCGCCAUCUUCAUGGCCCUGUGGGCCACCGUGUUCCUGGAGUUCUGGAAGCGGCAGCGGGCCCGCGUCGUGCUGGACUGGGACCUGUACGGGUGGGACGAGGACCAGGAGGAAGUGGCGCUGGAGCUCAUUAACUGCCCGGACUACAAGCUGCAGCUGCACCAGCACUCCUACCUGAAGAGCACCAUCAUCCUCAUCCUGUCCCUGCUCAUGAUCUGCCUCAUGAUCGGCAUGGCUCACGUGCUGGUGGUCUACCGCGUCGCGGCCGCCGCCGUCUUCAGCAGCUCGGCCCUGCCCUUCCUGGAGGACCAGGUGACCACGGCCGUGGUGGUGUCCGGGGCCCUGGUGCACUAUGUCACCAUCCUCGUCAUGACCAAGGUCAACAAGGUCGUGGCCCUGAAGCUCUGUGACUACGAGAAGUCCAGGACCUUCUCGGAGCGAGAGAGCAAGUUCACGGUGAAGUUCUUCACGCUGCAGUUCUUUGCGCACUUCUCCUCGCUCGUCUACAUCGCCUUCAUCCUGGGCAGGAUCAACGGUCACCCCGGGAAGACCGUGCGCCUGGCGGGCUUGUGGAAGCUGGAGGAGUGCCACCUCAGCGGCUGCAUGAUGGACCUGUUUGUGCAGAUGGCCAUCAUCAUGGGUCUGAAGCAGACGCUCAGCAACUGCAUGGAGUACCUGCACCCGUGGCUGUCCCACAAGUGCCGCUCCAUGCGGGGCAGCGAGGCCCGGGACCCCGAGCUGAGGGACUGGCAGCUCAACUACCGCCUGAACCCCGUCUACACCUUCAGCCUGUUUGACGAGUUCAUGGAAAUGAUGAUCCAGUACGGCUUCACCACCAUCUUCGUGGCUGCCUUCCCGCUGGCCCCGCUGCUCGCGCUCUUCAGCAACCUCGUGGAGAUCCGCCUGGACGCCAUCAAGAUGGUCCGGCUGCAGCGGCGCCUGGUGCCACGCAAGGCCAAGGACAUCGGGACCUGGCUGCAGGUGCUGGAGACCAUCGGCGUGCUGGCGGUCAUUGCCAACGGGAUGGUCAUCGCCUUCACGUCCGAGUUCAUCCCCAGGGUCGUCUACAAGUACCGCUACGGCCCGUGCCGGCAGGGCGCCCGCUCUUCAGCCGACUGCCUCACUGGCUACAUCAACCACAGUCUGUCCGUGUUCCACACCAAGGACUUCGAGGACCCGGUCAGGAUAAAGGGCUCAGAGAACGUCACUGAAUGCAGGUACCGGGACUACCGCAACGCUCAGGACUACAACUUCUCGGAACAGUUCUGGACCCUCCUGGCCAUCCGCCUGGCCUUCCUCAUCCUCUUCGAGCACGUGGCCCUGUGCAUCAAGCUGGUGGCCGCCUGGUUCGUGCCGGACGUGCCGCAGUCGGUGAAGAACAGCGUCUUGGAGCAGAAGUACGAGGUGCUCCUGGGCAAGCUGCGCGGGGGGCCGAGGCAGCUGUGGGGGCCGGGCCUGGGCCCGAGGGCCACUCCUGCCUCCAGCUCCAGCCUCCGGAGCACGGACGUGUAAGGGACCCGGAGCUGCUGCUGGCACCGGGCAGGGCCUCAGCCGCCACCGCCGCCUCCACCCUGCUCGCGGCCGUGUGUGUGUGGAGGGGGGUGUAAGAACGCUCACAUGUAUGUGGGUGUAUGUGAGGGGUCCUGGGAAACCUUGUAUAUGUGGGGUCCUGGGAGGCCCUGUAUAUGAGGGACACUGGGGGGUCUGUGUAUAUGAAGGGCCCAGGAAGGCCUGUGUAUAUGAGUGGCCUGGGGUGGCCCCUGUAUAUGAGGGAUCCUGGGGGGGUCUGUGUAUAUGAGGGGUCUAGGGAGGCCUGUGUAUAUGAGGGUCCCGGGGAGGCCCCUGUAUACGGGAGAUCCUGGGGGGGUCUGUGUAUAUGAGGGUCCCAGGGAGGCCCCUGUAUACGGGAGAUCCUGGGGGGUCUGUGUAUAUGAGGGUCCCGGGGAGGCCCCUGUAUACGGGAGAUCCUGGGGGGUCUGUGUAUAUGAGGGUCCCGGGGAGGCCCCUGUAUACGGGAGAUCUUGGGGGGUCUGUGUAUAUGAGGGGUCUAGGGCACAGUGGGCAGCACACUUAGCUAUUCCAUCUGUUAGGGCUCAGGCUUGGCCCAACCCUGGCUUGAACUCUGGGUGAGCACUGCCCCCCAUACAACGGAAGGGGGUGCAGGCACAACACAGGAAAGUCAGCCGUUGCUGGGCCCCCUCUGGCUUCUGGGCCCCAUCCUGUCCCACCCCCUCCCUGGCUAGUCAGAGGCCCCGGCCCCACCUCUCUGGCUCCCCUUAGCCAGCAGAACUUUUUAUAAUAAAAUAAAACCUCUUUGUGCCAA